AUUGAUCAAGAUGGUGUGUAAAACAGAAGAAUCACAGCUGCAACAACUCGAGAAUCAAGUUGAAAACGGUGGUAGUGGUGCGUGGGAGUAUCUCUCUCUUGUUCGGAAGCUCAAACUACGUCGUUCUGAUAAGGUCUUGAAGCAUGGUUUAGCCCUUUUGAAUGACCCCAAGAAACGCUCUGCUUUGGGCCCAGAUGAAUGGUCUCACUAUGAGCAUGUAGCUAUUGCUGCGCUCGACUGCCAAUGCCUUGAAGUUGCAAAGGUAGCAUUCUCCUCAUCCAGUGUUAACAUUUUUCUGUUGAACUAUUUUUACUUUUAUGAUUUAUCAGUAUGA